CUCUGUCUCAGGUAAAACCCAUCUUAAGAUGGCUCCUCCAGGAGCUUUCGAGAGCCAGAAGAACAAGGAGCAUCGAACCCAUAAAACUGGAGGAAAAGCAACGAAGAUCAAAGAAAAGAAUAAAGUGAAGGGUAACAAUGCCAAAGCAUUCACCUUCAAAUCUGCCGUUGCCGCAGGGAAAGCGAUCAGGAGGGCAGCGGACAUAAAUGAGAAGAAGAAGCAUAUCUUGUAUAUGGACCGGAAGCCGGUCGUUCCACCUCCAAUUAUUGUUGCUAUCGUCGGGCCUAGUAAGGUCGGCAAAACAACACUACUACGUGGUCUUGUGAAGUACUAUCUUAAAAGUGGUUUUGAAGAGUUGAAAGGGCCCGUCACCAUUGUUACUGGAAAGAAGCGAAGAGUGCAGUUCAUAGAAGUCAAGAAUGAUAUCAACCAUAUGAUAGAUGUGGCAAAGAUUGCUGAUUUGGUCCUGCUGAUGGUAGACGCAUCAUAUGGAUUUGAGAUGGAGACUUUUGAAUUCCUAAACAUUUGUCAAGUUCAUGGUAUGCCACGAGUUCUCGGUAUUCUCAACCAUUUGGAUUGCUUGAAGGGUCUGAGUAAAGUGAAUAAGACAAAGAAAAUUAUGAAGCAUAGGUUUUGGACGGAAAUUUAUCAGGGAGCCAAGUUAUUUUAUCUUACGGGAAUGAUUCACAACGAGUACAAAAAGAAUGAGCUGCAUAAUCUGGUUCGCUUCAUAUCAGUUACCAAAUUUCGUCCUCUUAUCUGGAGGGAUGCUCACCCUUACGUUCUCUGUGAUCGAUACGAGGAUAUAACUGAUGCUGAGCUUUUGCGUGAGCAUCCUAAAGCGGAUAGAACCAUUUGUCUUUAUGGCUGGGUUCAUGGAGCACAUUUCAAGAACCACUCAGCAGUACAUAUUCCCGGCGUGGGCGAUCUUCGCGUGAAAGACGUUAGCAGCAUCCCUGAUCCAUGUCCUCUACCGGAACAGUUGAAGAGAAGAGCGCUCAAUCAGCAAGAACGCAUGGUGUAUGCGCCGUUUUCUGGACUUGGCGGUAUUGUUUACGACAAAGAUGCUAUAUACAUUGAAUCGAAAGCUCACAAAAAUAUGGAGAAUAAACGGCACGAAUUAGUGGAAUCUUUGGAGAAUGUGAAAGCUACUAUCAACGAGAAACUCAGCGGAGCUAAGUUGAGAUUGUUGGGAGACUCCGUACCUGUAGAGGAGGAUGAUGAGGAUGAAGAGGAAUCCGAAGCAGGAGAUGAAGAGAUGGAAGUAUCGGAGAACGAGCUGGCUUCCGGGUCAGACCAGGACUUCGAGGAACACAUGGAUGAGGAUGAUGGUGAGGAGUCGCAUCCCUUUGGCAGUGGCGACGAUGAUGAGGACAUGGAGGACGAUGAUGAGUAUGAGGAUGAGCACUUUGGGCAUCGAAGUGUUCGACCAUCAAAUGACUGGGGUGGCUUAGCUCGAAAAGCUCUUGAACAAUUCCGUCCAGAUGAGCAAGUGCGAUUGAAUUGGAUGAAAGUAGUUUAUGGCGAAGAAGAUGAAGCCCCUGUUGUGAAAGAAGAAGAUAUUGCUGAUGGUUUAUUCAAAGUUAGAAAAGCUACGACAAUGCCGUUAUGGCAGCAGGAAGAUGGCAUGUUGUGGCAUCAGUGCGCAUCCACGUCUUAUUCGGCUCCGGAUUGGACUAAUGAAGAAACGAGAAUGUCGAUAGCGGACUGCUUUGUGACUGGCAAUUGGACUGAGGACGACGAAGAAGAGAAAGAGCUGAGAGAAAAUAUGGACGAAGAGAUGGACGAUGAGCCUGAUAUCAAAGAGGAAGAAGAAGAUGAAGACGGAGACAAGAAAAUGUCUGCUGUCGAACGAGCCGAGGCGGCAGCUCAUGAAAGGCGAGCAGAGGAAAAAAUAAAACUAAAGCAGCGAUUUAAUGAUGACUACGACGAAACGUGCAAGCAUUAUAACAAUUUGAAGAAUGAAAUGGAGGAGCAAGCACAACUCAAUAAAAGCAUUUUUGAAGGCAUGGAUGAAGCUGAAAGAGAGAAGCUGGAAGGUUUCCGGGCAGGCCGUUACGUCCGCAUAGAAUUCGAAGAAAUCUCUUGCGAGUUUGUGGAACACUUUGAUCCAACUUCUCCUUACAUUGUGGGAGGUCUUUUGACAGGAGAACAGAAUAUGGGAGUUGUGCAGGUCCGCAUAAAGAGGCACAGAUGGUUUGAAAGAACCUUGAAGUCGCGAGAUCCGUUGAUUAUCAGCUGUGGUUGGCGAAGGUUCCAGAGCCUAGUCAUAUACUCAAUGCAGGAUCAUAAUAUGCGGCAACGAUUUUUAAAAUACACGCCUGAGCAUAUGCAUUGUCAUGCUCAAUUUUGGGGACCUAUCGUUGCACAAAAUACGGGUUUUGUAGCUGUUCAGUCAGUAGCUGACAAGACGCCAGGCUACCGAAUAGUCGCCACUGGUGUUGUGCUAGAUCUCGAAAAAGCCACUCAAGUGGUCAAGAAAUUGAAACUUGUUGGUACACCUGAAAAGGUGUUCAAAAAUUCGGCUUUCAUAAAGGGUAUGUUCAAUACACAAAUGGAAGUCGCAAAGUUCGAAGGUGCAACCAUUAGGACAGUUUCUGGCAUAAGAGGACAAAUCAAGAAAGGGUUGCACGAGCCAGCAGGAGUUUUUCGAGCAACAUUUGAGGAUAAAAUUCUGAUGAGAGACAUUGUUUUCCUGAGAACGUGGAUUUCGGUGCCUAUACCUCGCUUCUAUGCCCCGGUUAUUGAUCAUCUUUUACCUCCUGGAGAGCCAUGGGUUGGAAUGCGUACUGUGGGGAAGAUUCGUUUUGAACUUGGAAUCAAACCAGAACAACGGGAGGACUCGCUCUAUAAGCCCGUAGAGCGUGAAGAAAUGGAGUCAGCUCCCUUGGUCGUCCCAAGUAAGCUUCAACAGAGUCUUCCAUUCAAAUUGAAACCAACUUAUGAGGAGAAAACUAAGGAGCCUAAGGAGGGUGUGAUAGCUCGAAACACUGCGCUGAUACUGGAACCUGAAGAGGCUAAGAGAAAGAGGAUGAUGGAUAUGCUCAGAGUCAUCAACAAAGAUAUCGUCAAGAAACAUGAGGCGGCUCGCCAAAAACAUGCGGCCGAGAAGGCCAAGGAGGAAGCAGAGUUUGAAGCCAAACGAGAAAAGAACAUCAAAGCUAGGAAAAAGGCAAUCUCUCGAGUUCUAACAAAACGCGAGCAAUACAAACUGAAGAAGGCCCUGGGACAGGCAGCCGCAAGCAGCAGUUGAUUGUUUGACAUAUGCUUUGCAGACACCAUCUAAUCUGUUAUUAUUGCUAGUAAAAUAUAUAUUUGUAGUUUGAUGAGAACGCGAAAUAG